AUGGAGAAGGUGGAGAACUACAAAGUGUCGGAGAAGUACGAAAUAUGUACGAGCUUCGAGAACAUCGGAAUUGACGAAGGUCUGCUGAGGGGGAUCUACGCCUACGGGUUUGAGAAGCCAUCGGCUAUCCAACAGAGGGGUAUCAAACCGAUUCUAAGUGGUAGAGACGUCAUUCUGCAGAGUCAGAGUGGGACAGGAAAGACUUGUGUCUUUGCCGUGGGGGCGUUAAACUGUGUUAAUCGCAAUUUGAGCGAAACCCAGGUGAUUAUCCUAUCGCCGACAAGAGAGCUAGCAGAGCAGACACAGAAGGUGUGUCUUGCCCUAGCCGAUUACAUCCACGUAACGAUAUACUGUUGCAUCGGAGGGAAGAAAAUGAGUGACGACAUAAAGGCGCUAAACAACGGAGUGCAUAUCAUUAGUGGGACACCAGGAAGGAUUUACCACAUGCUGAAUUUGAGGCACUUAAAGUGCAAGUAUAUAAAACAGCUAGUUAUUGACGAGGCAGACGAGAUGCUAAAUAAAGGAUUCAAGGAGCAGGUAUACGACAUUUAUCGUUUCCUCUCCCCCAACACGCAAAUAGUACUUUCCUCAGCCACCCUUCCACAGCAGGUGUUAGAAAUAACGAACAAGUUUAUGCACCGACCGGUGAAAAUAUUAGUAAAGAGAGACGAACUGACUUUGGAAGGGAUAAAACAGUUCUUUGUGUCGAUAGAGAAGGAGCAGUGGAAAUAUGAGACGCUUGCUGAUCUGUAUGAAAGCUUAACCAUCACGCAGGCGGUUGUUUUUUGUAAUACCAAAUUGAAGGUAGACUGGCUCACGAAGAAGAUGCAGGAGGCGAACUUUACCGUCUGUAAGAUGCACGCAGGGAUGAGUCAGAGUGAGCGAGAUGACAUCAUGCUAAAAUUUCGGCAGUGUAAAUUUCGUGUUCUCAUAUCGACUGAUAUUUGGGGAAGGGGUCUCGACGUGCAGGAAGUAUCCCUUGUUGUUAACUACGAUUUGCCUAACUCCCGGGAGAGCUACAUUCACCGUAUCGGGAGGAGCGGUCGAUUUGGAAGGAAGGGGGUCGCCAUCAACUUUGUUAAAAAUGACGACAUAAAGAUUCUCAGGGACAUCGAGCAGUACUACUCCACGCAGAUUGACGAGAUGCCUAUGAACAUCACGGAGCUGCUCUAG